GGUUAUGAAGGAUCGUUACUCAAAGUUACGAGUAAAAAUGGCAAAACAGCAUCGCCUGUGGGGUUCGUGACUUUUAACACAAGGGCAGGAGCGGAAGCGGCUAAACAGGACUUGCAGCAGGGCGUAAGGUUUGACCCCGACAUGCCACAGACCAUCAGAUUGGAGUUUGCUAAAAGUAACACGAAGGUUAGCAAGCCCAAACAACAAGCUGCUAACGCCGCCAACACGCACCCAACUUUGAUGCACCCCCUCACCGGACACCUGGGGACGCCGUUCUUUCCCGGCGCUCCCGAGCUAUGGCACCAUCCUCUGGCGUACUCCGCGGCCGCUGAACUACCUGGGGCAGCUCUUCAGCACGCCACGCUAGUCCAUCCGGCGCUUCAUCCCCAGGUGCCUGUAAGGUCUUACCUUUGACUAUCUACUGACAAGACUCUGGACUCUCAGCUGCAGCAAGCAGGUGCUCCAGUUCAUCAUCACCCUUCAAUGACGAUGCCGCAUCCUACUGCGCUAACAUCGGUACACGCAGCGUCGUUGCCACAUUUCUUACCGAGUCCUGCCUUGGCUUCUCCCGUGGGUUCGUCUUCGUCACAGCCCGGCAUCGGAGUAAGCAACCCUCCUUGUUCCACACUAUUCGUGGCCAAUCUGGGACAAUUCGUGUCCGAACACGAGCUCAAGGAAAUAUUCGCCAGGGAACAAAAGGAGAAGAAAAUGGACAAUCUUAAUUCUUACAUGUCUCUGAGCACUUGACAGAGAACAUUGAUGAUGACAGGACACUGCUGAAGAGUCCAGACUAAGACGGCUAUUGUUGAAUCGACACUUUCUAGAGAAAACUUAAUCUAUCUCUGUUAACUGUUGUAGUUGUACUGUUUAGAAGAUAUACAGGACAUUGAUUAUUGAAGUGAUAAUUUUAAGUGAACUGUAUCAAGCUAAAUUUGAUCAGAUUGCUUCAAUACUUUGUAUCUUGAUAUAAAAUGGAGAUAAGCUAAACCAAAGGUGCCCUAAAAGUUAAGUUUUAGAUCUUAUUAUAUUUCAGUUUCCCGAAGAUUUUUCAAAUGGAAAGUAUUCAGGAAAUGGCAAUUUCUUUCUUUUCAAGUUUUCUUUACGUAUAGUUUGGGUUGAAAAAGUAUUUCUAAUUUAAUAUAUUUUGUUAAAAAUAAUAGCAAUAAACCAAUGAUGAUUCACAUUCUUGUGGGUGAAGCUACGGAUAAAAAUGUAAACAUAUCAUUAACUGUGUAGCAGUGGUACACCAGCGGCAGAAUUGAAACAGAGUGUUGCCCAACCCAGUGCGUGGACAAAAUUUUUGUAUUCUUUAAAAUUGCAGAUAUGACCUAUAUUUUUAAUUAUUUUAUGUAUCUUCAGUAUUCAAGACUUAACAGUGUUUCUGGUUAUCUAUUUUCUUAUUCGGCGAAAAAGCACUUUAAGAAAAGAGUAGUAAUUCUUUUCCAAAAGAUUUUCAUAAGUGCAUCCAGAAAGCACGAAACUGUUUGCAGUUAGGAAAGUUUCUUAUUAUUGCUGUGUAAAGAUACAUGUAUUUCCGAUAUCCAAAGAAUUCAUAUCAACUCCUUUAUUAUUUCGUAGACAUGUAUAAAUGAGGUAAAUUUAGUGUAAGCUGUAGAUAAUAAGGAUACUAAAUAGUCAAUUUUAAUUCUAUAUGUCUAACACGAAAAUUUCAGGAUUGAAAAAAUAUUCAGUUAAAAAAAUUGUUGGAACAUCAACAAGCAUUCGCUUUAUUGAAAAGACAACCAACAGUCAAUUGUUUCUGGGUAAUUUUGAAGUAGUGGAAAUAAGUUUAGGAGAAUUUCCUCUCCUGUCCUCGCACUAUUUGAGCCCAGUGUAAAACUGAAACAUUCUGCCCAAUUCACUAGAGUAAUUAAAGAGAAAAAGCUCUUUAUUUUCAAACAUUAAUUUUUGAUAACUUAAAUUUAAAGAUAGAUGAGCUUUUGCUUACUUCUAGAUACCUUAAUAGUAAUAUGAGCAUUUGUUAUCUUGCAAAUUUGAAAAAAGAGUAAGUUAUAUUAAUGAAAACUUAAAAAAAUGUAUAGUUUGUAGAUUAGACUCUAAAUGUGUUUUUAGGUCAAGUUAAUAUUACUUAUUAGACCUCCACAAGGACUUAUGUACCUAUAUUAUCAUUAACAGGGUAUUGAAAAGAAACUCGUAUGGAGCACUUGACCUGUUCGUCAUUUAUGCUUAUUCAAUUUUCACCGUGACUCAAUGUUACUUCGAAUCAAGUUUUAAAUGUCAGGAAUCAGUUGAGUAACAUUUUUCAGUGAAGUAUAUAUAUCCACUAUUUCGGUGUUUUUGUUUUAAUGCUCUGUUGUGUUCCAGCACAAUAAUGAAGUUAUGAAAGUGAUAAGUAGCACAAUCAGCUUACGACCGUCAAUUACCUACGAAAUUCUAAAUUAAGUAGAAAAGUGUAAACCGUCUCACUGUUGCAUAAGAAAAAUCACUUCAUCUUAAUAUGGGUACAUAAUAAUUGUUUUACCAAAGUUUUAAGUUAGAUAAAUCCUAAUAUAUCAAUAUAUUUAUUCACGAUAAGUUGUAUUUUUAUUACUAAUAGCAUUAAUGUAUUAUUUUUUAUAUAAUUUUAUAAUUUUUUACAUCCAUACUAACUGCUGAUACAUCAGUCGAAAAAUGUAUAACGUUGAAUUGGUAAUUCUCUAAGUAGUUUAUAUUCAAUAGUGUAGUGCUUUUUGUGUGAAGUUUAUGUGAUAUAUCUAUUACUAUCAUUAUUGUAGUUGUAUUUCAUAGGUUUGGGGUUAACAUCCCACACAUAGUAGGUAAUAACCAGAAUAUACAGUCAACAGGACUAAUACUGUAGACUAUUCAUUUUUCGAUUAUUUACAAUCAAUUUCUUGAAUCUCAAAUUAUUUUCAAUGUUAUCAAUUUCAAACGUCUCAAAAAAUUUUAAUGGGUUUAAAAUUCAAAGUUCAACAAUUGGUGUGAUGAUCCAAAAUAUUUGAAACAUUUGUUCAAAUAAUGGAAAUCACAUAUAGGCAAGGACAAUUUCUCUGAUAUGCAGAACUUUUUAAUUUUAAUUUUUUGCCCAAGCUACAACGGGCACCCGACCGUGUUUUUGGUUUUUUCUAAAAACAGUAGGUACCAAAGAGAUAUUUAGGAGCGUUAAAAGUAUAAGUGAAACACCAUGUUGACUCUAUAUCCUGGUCCAAACUGCAGAUAACAAACAUAUCGCCCACUCGAUUUAGGUUUUUCCUGAGAAAGUGAAAACUAAAAUAAGGACUGGGCGAUUGUUCUGCGUCUUGUUUCCGUCCAAACAUGUCUUGAAGACAUGUUGAAGCUCAAUGCGAGCAUGGGUAUGGUGGGUGCGGAUCUAGGUGAUCAAGCUGGAUCAACCAGCUGUUUUUGGGACUAUAUAAAACAUAUCAGCUUAAUUAUUGAUAAAUUAUAAUACCUGUUAUAUGCAAUCCGACCUUUAAAUGUCGUCUUGUAACUGUGUUUUUUAUCUUCAGAGUUAUGUGUGAAAUUAUAUGUUCUCAAAGAAAUUGUGGAAACAUUUUUUAUGUCUGCUGCUGAGCUUCAACAGAUUCCUGAAGAAAAGAUUAUGAUUUUUCAAAUAAGUCAAUAAUCUAUAUUCAUUAUCCUAUUGGAAAUGUUGCAUAGGUAAUACAAGUGGUUCUACUUCAGUAGGUCUUUCCCUAAGUAAUUUUUUGUGCAAGCGUUAAAAAAGAAAUUUGGAGCCGAAUGGCUACCGAUUGCCAUGUUAUUUUUGUAGUUCAAAUGGUGUCUCCAGAAGUAUUGAUAUAAUUUCUACAUAGAUCCUGAAAUCAAAUUGAAUAUUUUUUAGUGAUCAUGGGUCCAUAAACCAAUUAAAAAAAUACUUCGCGGUAUUAAAAUAAGAUGUUUCUAUGUAAAAAGAAAUGUAUCCAAAAAUGUAUGAGCAUACUGAAUGUUUCAUUUAAAAUUCCAAAGUUAAGGUAAAUUUCUGUGACACUAAAGUCACUAAAAAAAUGUUUUUGAUCCAGUCGGUACAUAUUGUGAUACCAUUUGAGCUACCAAAAUUCCAUAUUGACACUAGGAAAGACCAAAAGGUUAUAGGGGUGAGCCUGGAUCGGUUUACACCAGUUGUAAUAGUCACAUCAGUAUUUCUCUGGAAGAGAAUGAAUGACUCCCUAGUAUAUUUUGAUAAAUCUUUAUUUUCUCUCUGUUGAGGUUUUGCAUGCAUGGUACUAAAUGUAUGAUGUGAUAAACUUAUCAACGGUAUUAUAAACUAGCCACAAUCGCCUUCUCUGCUUUAGGUAAUAGGUUUAUAAUAAUAAACACCACUUUCUAAACAUAUCAUGAUCUGUGCCCCUUGUCAAGUGACAUCUUAAAUUUUAGCAAUUAAUAAUAUAAUAAAAAAAGAUUUGAUAAUAUUUAAGAUAUGAGUAUGAAUUUACAAAAAAUUAUUCAUAAUAAAAAUGAUCUGAAACUUUUAUGAUGGUGAAUAAAUUACCAAAAAUGGAAUUUUUCCGCGUUUUCUCUCGUCUACAAUAUAACGAGGCAAUAAGCUUGUAUCUCUUAAUACUUCUGAUAGUUUUAAGUUUCCUUCUUUGGUUACCAUUUGUUAGAAGGAACGGUAGAUGUGGGUUCAUAUCAUUGGAUCGAAUUGAAUUUUAUUUCGGUAGAUUAUUUACCAUAUCAGUUAUAGGCCAGUUGUCAGUAUUCCUUCUACAAAGUAUGUUGAGGAGUUCAAUGCAUCUUCGGUAUUUUAUAGACUUGCUUAAAUUUUACUUUGAAAAAUUAAUUUGCAGUCGGUACAAUGUGGUAGAUCCUUGUUUCGCAGAUAACAUGUCGUGAGUGACAAGAAAUAAUUUUUUUCGACCAUCUCACUCAAGUUGAAUGUAGGUUGAUUAUGCUAUGUUACAUGGUUGGGACAAAUGACCAUUGUAGUCGAUGCCUUUGACACCAAAAAAAGAUUGAUAAUACGAAGUGAUAUCUCCGUAGAAAGGUAAUUUAAAGCACUGAUCUUUAACUACCCCGUUCAUUUACUUUGUGAAAGUUUAUAUUCAGAUCAUAGUUUUGUUUCGAAAAGAUUGGGUAUCGUUAAAAAAAUUGAAAUUUGAAUUUGAAGUUACAUUUUCAAAAGGGUGUAAUACAAGUUUAAUACUGAUUGGCUUCAGGCAGGAUCAAAUCCAAGUCAUCAGUUCAGCAAUUGUUUUAAUUGUUUAAACUCGAUGCUUUUGAGAUAGUAAUUUUGAUAAGUUACUUCUAGUUUCAAAAUGAUAGAAAGUGCUAUAAAAUACCGUUGCACCAAGAUAUCACUACCUCUUACCUGGUAUUGCAUCACUUUUUGAAUUGAAGAACUAAUAGCUCAGAGGAUUUCUAAAAACUAGCCUGAAUAAAAUUUUACAAUGAUCUUUUUUUUCUUCAUCACUUUCAGAAACUUCAGAGUUAAUAUCCGAACAUUACUUGUGCUCAGGAAUGAGCUACGUCAAAUUUUCAUCUGACAAAUGGCCUGUACUGAUGCUGUCUGCCUGGUAUAUACAGGCGAUUGCAGAAAGUGUAUUGAGCUGCUGAGUGGCUUGUUUCUGUGAACCAGCAAGCAAUCAGUGAGGACAACGAGGUCCUCGUACCUAGCCUUAGUAGUCCUGUCGACCAGGGAAUGCAUAUCUUUAUUGUAAUAAUGAAAACAGUAGGCGUCGUAAACUUAGUUUAAUGUAAAAUGUGUUGAAAAAAUUGUUGGUCUAGAAAUAUAAGUACAACUGAACAACAUAAUGAGUAUCGACCUUCUUUUCUGGUCGUUUAUAUUGUUGAUACUAGUCAGAUAUUGGUAUAACCCACCCCACCAUCUUGCCCCUCUUAUUCAGAAAGAAGCAUUCCAUACAAAGAUUGUAUUACCUGACAACGUACUUAGUUAUAAAAAAUUGUAUAGGGUCCAAAUGAUGGGAAAAUAAAUAUGUAUUACAUG